UAACAAUAAAAAAAAUGACUCAACGUAGAGUAGUCGUUACUGGUCUGGGUCUUGUCACGCCUUUGGGAGUGGGUGUGAAUACAGUCUGGCAAAACCUGCUUAAGGGACAGUGCGGUAUUGUUUCUUUAACUGAACGUGAAGGUUUUGAGAAACUACCUGUUCGUAUUGCAGCUGAAGUACCCAAAGGUCCUUUUGAACAAGGACAGUUCACUGCAAGCGAAUGGCUUGAUAGAGGAGAUGAAAGAACAAUGGCUAAGUUUUCUCAUUAUGCAAUCGCAGCUGCGCGUCAAGCGAUUCAAGAUGCCAACUAUGCACCCACUGAUUCAGAAAAGGAGAGAACAGGUGUCUGCAUUGGAUCUGGCAUGGGCAGCCUAGAAGAUAUUGUAGACACAACCACAGCUUACUCGGCAGGUGGUUAUCGAAGAGUAUCUCCUAUGUUUGUCCCUCGCAUAUUGAUCAAUAUGGCUGCUGGUCACCUCACAAUGAAGUAUGGAUUUCAGGGACCUAAUCAUGCUGUAUCGACUGCUUGCACUACAGGUGCUCAUGCUAUUGGUGAUGCGAUGCGAUUCAUCCAAUACGGUGAUGCGGAUGUGAUGGUGGCAGGCGGCACAGAGGCCUCUAUUCACCCAUUAGCCAUUGCUGGUUUUGCAAGAGCUAAAUCAUUAGCUUCUCAAUUUGAAGACAAACCAACAGAAGCAUCUCGUCCUUUUGAUAAAGACAGAGCUGGGUUCGUUAUGGGUGAAGGAUCGGGUAUUGUCGUAUUAGAAGAAUACGAACAUGCAAAAAAGAGAGGCGCCAAAAUAUAUGCAGAAGUAAAAGGCUAUGGAUUAUCAGGUGAUGCUUACCAUAUGACAUCUCCACCAGAAAACGGGCAAGGAGCUGCAAGAUCCAUGCGUAGAGCACUUCAAGUUGCUGGAUUGACACCUGCUGAUAUUGACUAUGUGAAUGCCCACGCCACAAGCACACCUGCAGGUGACAUUGCAGAAAACAGAGCCAUUAAGACUGUGUUUGAUGGCUAUUGGGAUAAAAUCAGUGUGUCUUCAACAAAGGGGGCUACUGGACAUUUGUUGGGUGCAGCAGGUGCUGUGGAAGCCAUUUUCUCUAUUUUGAGUGUUCAUCAUGUAAGUUAUGUACUGUAUUUGACAGCUCAAUGAUUUUCUCGCAUAGAAUAUGUUGCCACCUACACUCAACUUACACAAUCCAGACAAUGAAGAAUUCAACCUGAACUAUGUACCACUUGAAGCUCAAGAAAAACAAGUAAGGGCUGCUAUUACAAAUAGUUUUGGUUUUGGUG